AUGUCACGCGAUCCUCGCAUAAGAGCUAGAACAGCCUCUCACAACGUUUCUGACCCCUCUCCCGCGCCCAGUCAUGGCGAGCAAGAGAGAAGAGAUUAUUUCACAAAGAGAGACUGCUCAGCUUCCGAGGUGAACACGCCGCAAAGCCCUCGUUCCAAUGGUCAGAAUCCUAGGUUGGCCCGAAGUGAGGCGAGUGAACUCCAGAAAGCCCUUCUUGCGUUUGUAUCGAACGCCGUGGACAGUAGCCUCGCAAGGCGCAAACGAGACUUCAUGCAAGCAAAAGCCCAAUCUGCGCGAACCAAGUAUGAACGCUACCAACGGUGCUUCGCUCAAUUUCCAGUGGUCGUGGAACAAGCUUUGGAAGAGCAGAAAGAAAUUGAUUCGGACUUUGAAUAUACCCAGCACGAGAUGCGGAGAUGCAGUGAAGCCGAAAAUGGAGCUACGUCCGACCUUGCACGCCGCUUGUUCGAUAUUGUCGCCAAAGACAAUCAGGAGUCGAGAUCCCACGCCGCGCAACUGCACGACCUCCGCCGGGAUAUGGAAGAACUUCGUUCUCAAGCUACCACAAAUAAAGAGGCGCAGGAAGCAGCCGCCAAACUGGUAGACUUGGCCGCCGAAAACGAGGCACUGUGGAAGCGUGUUAAUAGCUUGCAGGACAGGUUGCCGGCCAUAAGACAAGAAAAUGAGGCAGUGCAAAAGAGUGUCUAUAGCUUACAAGAUCGCGUGAAGACAAUGGAGCAAGAUCUACGAGAUUCUCGACAGCGGGAAUCGGAGUAUUCGGCGAAGAUGGACGUUAGUCUUCGUAAGGAGAUAGUCGAAGUCAGAGAACAGACACAGAAAUUGUCAGCAGACGUGAAAUUACUCGAAGAGGGUUCCAAUGGUCUUGAAAGCAUGAAGAAGAGCACCAAUCUGGAAUUGACUCAGAUCCAAACUCGACUGGGAGACGCCGAAGACAAAAUGGGGUUGCUGCAAAAAGAUGUUGCUGGUGACAUGCGUGAGACAGAAACCCUAUAUUCUCAGCUUGCCGACAUUAAAGGCAAGUUUGAGACUUUGGAAAACAGCAUCCGAAGUGUCGAAAGCGAAAGCCAUGCUAUGAAAGACAGGUUUUCCACGCUCCAGCAGACAGGGACAGGGUUCACGGACCGCAUCAAACUGUUACAGGAAUCGUUGGAUGGCCAGAUACGAAAUUGGAACUCGCUGCGGACGGAUGUCUCCGCUCUGAAAUCGGAACUUGCGACCUCUUUGGCGCAGAGUAGCAAUGAGGAUCUCCGUGCCCAGCUUCAGGAGCUUCAUGACAGAGUUGAGAAAUUCACCUCCGAAACUGCGCGUGAAAACAAGGCUCGCGAUGGAUUGCUUGCCGAAGAGAUUGAACGAAUCAACCAGGAUUUGAGCGACAGGAUCGACGAAAUCCAGCAUGAACUCAUGGAAGUGGAAAAGGCUUCUAAAGCUCAACUAUCGGCUCCUUCGCUUUCAACCGAACAUCUACAGAAGCUCGAAAUUCUGGCAGGUCUGCAACCCAGACUCCGUGAGCUGGAGGCUGGUGUAGGCAGGUUACAAAAAGGACUCGAAAAGAAUAUCCACAUGAUUCAGUGGCAAACUCAUCGCUUCGACAACCUAACUAGUGAGACUCUCGUGCGCCAGAUGAUCGGCGUUUUGAGUCCAAUACUCCCUAAAUUCGAACAAGGGCUUGUCAAAGUCGAAGCCGAGAUCAUGCAGAUACAGAGGAAGCUUGCAGAGCCGAUGGCGAAGGUAGACGCCCCCCCGCCUGAGAAUGAACAAUCGAUUAAGGCAUUUGAAGAAGGUCUUGCUCUGGCAAGAACAGAAGCCAAAUUGGAAUACGAAUCUCUCGCAUGCGAAUUCCGCACAACAUGUGACGAGGUUAUGGUCAACUUCCGCAGGCUCGAAGACCUGCAAAAUCAGUCUGAGAGUCAACUUGCAACAUACCGUUCUACGACAGAAAAGAAGAUCAGCGACAUUGAGGGACAGUUGGACUCUUUGCGUAUGAUGUUGUCCCGGAAGGAUAGCUCUCCAACAUCGUCACCAAGCAUAAGAAGAGCUCACUCGACAUUAUGCCUUAACAACAAGGGGAACGCAACGCCAUCCCGGCAAAAGUCUUCGGUUAUUGAACGAUCAAAUCAGGACACAAUCGUGUGUCUUCAAGAGCCUGACGGCGGUGGGAAGGUCACUGUAGAGCCAGAAGAGCUAGAUGCGGACGAGAUUGGGAAGGAGGCUUCCAUUCUACUUGAAAGUUUUCAGAAACAGCCUGGACGAACCUUGGGCCGGAUGAAGAGUACCAAGUCAGCCAAGAUAGGCGCUAGAACGCAGCCGCCGACCAAACGUAAACGAAAUGACAGCGAUGAGCUCGACGAUGCCUCUGGUUCAGGAUCGCCGACGCCAGAGGACACCGUGUUGGUGCAGCCGCAUCUGCAGCCACGGGCGGCGAAACGCAAAAACAAACCAAACGAUAACUGA